UUCGUUUGUUUCAAAAUUCCUAGUAAUUUUAUAAAGCGCUAUCUAUAUGUAUAACAUUUAACUUUUUAGUCUGGUCACCGAGGCGGUUAAGUGGUGUUUUUAAAAGGAGAUCGUAUAGAGCAGAAAAAGGCAGUCGAAAGCAUUUUCAUGUACAUUAAAAAAUAGUAAUUAAAAUGAUAGUUAGUUUUAUUUUCGUUAUUAGCGUAUAAUUCAAAACAAAACACAAAGGACAUCUCAUUUUAAGUUAUAUAUGUGUAUACAGUAUUAUGUUAACAAACUUGCUAUGACAUCACAAGCUUAACAUUCUAUGCGAUGCCGACUAUGUUGUUGGAGAUAACGUUUAAUAAGUCAAUUUAUUAUAAAGUAAAAUUUCAAUGAUUCUAAGUGCUUUAAUUGUGGAUUUUUUUUGUUAUUUUUGAGUACAUAAUUUGUAUUUCCUUGUAUUAGAUGUUACAAAAUUUAUUGAAAUUUCUUGAUAUUUCUUAAUUUUGGGCAUUAUUUACUAAAUUUGAGGAAGGAAACAAGCCAGUGCUCAAAGAUAAGGGACUGAACACGUAUUUCAGUUUUCACUAAACGAAUAAUAAUAUGUGAAGGGAAAAUAAUAAAUUAGAAAGAAUUUUGUCAUUAGAGAAAUAUUAUUUGUAAGAUUUUAGCUCUGCUAGUAAAUGUGUAAAGAAGAUGAAGAUAUUGUGGGCAUUCGGCAAAUUUCAAGAUGUAAGUUCAAUUGUAAGCUGAUGGAAGAGCAAGAUACUUAUGCGGCACCUGUUACAUUUCACCAAUAUCAUGGCCGAAAUAUAAUACUCUCUGAAAACAAUACAGUUGCAUAUCGCAAGUCAGGCUAUGCAUAUGGGAUUACGUUUUCAAGAGAACCUCUUCAACCAGGUGAAAUAUUUUUAUUAGAAAUUGAAGAAUUUGAGCAUGGUUGGAUAGGAAAUUUAAGAUGUGGUCUAACUCAGGAAAAUCCUUCUUCAAAUUUUGAACUGCCUCAGUAUGCAUUGCCAGGUUUAGUUGAAGGUGGACAAAGUUGGAUAUUGCCUAUUAGUUCAACAGACAUGAGUCUAUUUGAUCACACUUACAUCAAUAAUUUAUACCCAGCUGUUUAUGAAAGUAACAAUUAUAUUCACACUAGAAAAGGGAGUUUCCCAUCAAGUAUUUUGCUGCCUUCUCGCCAUAAAUCUUUAAAUUUAGGAGCAUCUGAUGGAGAAGAAUCUGUCAAUAGCAUGUCCUCAAUAUUUUCAGAAGAAAGUUCUGAUGAUAGUGAUGAUACUGGAAAAUACAUGUAUCCAGCAGAUGUUGGAAGUCGUAUUGGUGUAACAUAUGUGAUACGAAAUAACUUUGCUGAGAUGUACAUGUUGUUAAAUGGAGAUGUUUUUGGGCCAUGUGCUACUGGUAUACCUUACAGACGAGGUCCUUUAUAUGCUGUCAUUGACCUUUAUGGUACCACUAAACAAGUUCGCAUAAUUCAGACAGUUGGUAUUCCCUCACUGAAAAUGGCAUGCAGAGACAAAAUCCUUCAACAAGUGUCUCACUCAAAAGUCUUCCAUUUACCCCUACCUAAGCGACUAAUCCAGUUCUUAACUUAUAAAUCUUGACGGAAAUGAGACAUGUGGAUUAUUUUCUUGUAACUCAGAAGGAAGCUUAAAAGUCUGCAAAAAAUUGCAUUUUGUUAAAAUUCAAAUUUUUAAUGGUUAUAAAUAUAAAGAUGUAUAUAUAGUUUUGUUAGAGACUUAAAACUUAUCCUAAACAUUUAAUCAAACCAUACGUAAAACUAAAUUCUUGUUUUGUUUUAAAUCUAUAUAACCCAUUUUUCUUUCUUAUUUAUAUUUAUUGUUAUUGUAAGCACUGAUACUCUGUGAUACCUGUACAGUUUUGCGGGAAAAAAUGUUUAUAGUUUAGUUAUUAUUUAAACAUAUCUUAUUAUAAAAUAUGUUUUACAUUGUACUACAUAUCAAUUUGUUUUAAUUUGAUAUGAAAAAUUAUUUUAUUUUAUGUCAUAAAAGCUGUUUCAACAUAAAUUAUUCAUAAUAGAUUCAGUAAUCAUCAUCAAAUAACAAUAGAAGACUUUAUAAAAAAUUCAUAGUCUAAAAAACGCUUCUAAUAAUGCACAUAUUUUGUGUGAUUCACUUAAAUAUAAAUAUCAUUAAAAAUGUAUGUAUGCAAAAUUACUUUAAAAUUUUUGUUAAUUUCUAUUUAAAAAUUUCUUACAUAGUGUGCCAAAAAAUUACACCACAAUUAACUUUUAACCUAAUAGUCAAAUUUUCACAUACAGAGGUGCAUCUUAAUUAUGUUAAUUACAGUGCAGACAAUAGUUCCAAUAGUUUAGUCAAUUUAGAGGCCAAACGUUUGAACUCCAUUUUGUAAAUAUUACUUUUUGCAUAUUUCAUAUCGGAUUUGAACUUUUUAUGCUAAUAAAAAAAUUCUCCAAUGCAAUAAUAAAACUUUCUUUCCAAAAAUAAUUACGUGUAAAAAAUAAUUUAUUAUUUAAUGUAAUGUUUCCAAACUUUUGAAUUUGAAAGUAUUAAUAGCUUUACUAAUAUUAUGCAACUUGAAAUAAAGUUGGUUGAGUAGUUCUGCCAAAAUAAAAAAAAAUUAGCAUUUUUCAUAUUUUAUUUUUUUGAGAACUUCUGGCCUAGUUUUAUUUAAAUAUUAAGUUUUUGUUAUUUAAAAUUACAUAAUUCCAAGAUUAUGUAAUAAUUUUUACAAUUUAAAAAUUUUAAAUUUAUAACAAAUAACUAAAAACUAUAUUUUCCAGAUUAUGACUACACCCAUCGAAAUCAGAAUUUAUUUGUAGGAGAAAAAUUGUUUCUUCCCCAAAAUUACACUUUUGUAUGCAUCUCAAUAAAUUGGCAUUUUUAAUAUUAAUAGCCCUUAAACCAUUAAAAUAUCUUUUUAGUGUGUGAAGAUCCUUUCAUUAGAUCUAAAAUUAUUCAAUAUUAACAAUUUUUCAUUGUGUCCUCUUUUUUGUGCACUGUAUAUGAGCUUUUUCAUUGUGUAAAAUUAUAUUAGGUUGAGACUGGUGAAAAAGUUUUUUUGAAAUACGCCCCUUCCUCAUAAAAAAAUAACUUUCUAAACGCUAUUAAAUUAUAAUUUACAACCUGCAAGCUCAAAUUACAUUUCAAUUUCAAAAUAAAUAAAUACUUUUUAAACAAAAAUUUGAAAGCUUACGUGUAGGAAAUGCAUGUAAAUAGAAGUUUUUAUAUUAAUAAAUGCUUGGGGUGAAACCAUUAUAUUUUGUGUAUGCUUUAAGUUGAAGUGAUGUAGCUAUUCAAAUUUCAAUGUUGUAGUUUAUGAUAAAAUUUGUAUUUAGAAACUUAAUUAAAAUCAUGUAUGAAUGUAAUUUACACAUUCCACACAUUUUUAAUGCAAUUUUUAAUUAAAAAAAACUCUUUCACCAGCCAAAUAUAACUUAAAUCAAUCAUCAUGUUAAAAACAUUUAACAUUAUUGCCCAGGUAUAUUUCACCUAAGUCAAAUGUUUUUACGUUAUCUCUGUUAAAAGAUGUUCUGCAAAUACUGUAAGCAUUAAAUGAUAUUUAAAAAUCAGUGGUAUGAUUUAUUUUCCAAUCUGAGCCAAUUUCUUAUAGUUUUGUUCUUAUUUCCUUCAAAACAGUCAUUUUACCCGGGGUUUCCUGAGCCUUAUUUCAAAAUUUAAUUUUUCUGGCAUUAGUGAGAAAUCUGAUUUUUUUUUUCUUUGAGUUUUAAUUGUGGUAACAUUAGAUAAAAUACAAAACUUAAAAUAAGAGUUGCUGGGAUUUUAUCAAAUCUUACAUUUAUAAAGAAUUGAUAUUCAACAACUUUUCAAAUCACAAGUUCAUUAUUUUAAUUACUGGUUAGUAUUUUCACUGGCGCUCUCUACUCAUAUAAAAUAUCCAGUCUAUGUAGCUACACAUCUAUCAUUUAAGAGGUCAUACACUAUCAUUUUUUAAUCACAAGACCAGCAAGGUUAUAAAAUUCAAACUCUGUUUAUUUCAUUUCACUGGUCUGAAGUCAUUGCAGAGUAGUUAAUUAUUUAAUCUGUAUUUAGAAGUAACUUAUAUUUUAAUGAUUUCAUUGAGAUUCAGAAAAUUAUAAAACAGUCAUCACUACAAAUUGUUUCAAAACCAAUGAAAAAUACCGCAUCAAUAACAUUAAAAAGUUGCACACACACCAAAUUGUCCCUUAACAUUAAAUAGGUAAAAAAAAAUAUGCUACACCAAAACCAAUCUAUUUUAUUACUUACAUUUUUUAGUUGCCAGUUUUUAGUUAUGCAUUAAAACAGCUCAGCAAGGAAACUUUCACACAAAUAUGCCUAAGUAACAUGACUGUUAAAUAUUUUGUUAUAAUACUUUAUGCCUUUUCUCUCUUUCUCUAGUUUCUAACUUGCUUUUUUUAAACUGGAGAACAUAUUUUUUUCAUAUUUGGGAUUAUUAAAUGGAAUUCUUUUUAUUGUUAUAUGGAAUUAUUUUUAGUUUUAUUUAUUAUAUUAUCUUAUUUAUUAUAUAAUGAAUUACAAUGAAUUUACCUAAGUUUCAAAUACCUCAUUUUUACAAAUAUUUCAGUAAACACACUGUUGAUAGCUUAUGCAGUUUGAAUUGAUUGCCGAUCAUUUAUUUAAUAAUAGUUUUUAUUUAUUUUGAAAUAAGUCUUCAGAAAGAAAACUGCAAUUAAAAUUUUUUAUUGAUUGUUAUGUACAUGCACGAUGCACUCUCCUUAAAAAUCUGCAAUAAUUUAAAACAUGUAUAUCUUUCAAUUGUAAAUAAAAUAAUUUCCUUGA